AUGGUUGUUUCCUACCAGUACCCAAUUAGCACAUGGGAGAGAGUGGCAAUGGCGCCUGGCCAAAGGGCUCUAGGCCUUGGUGUGAUUCGAACACACGACCCUCUGAUUACAAGGCGAGAGUUAGAACCGCUACACCACUUCCAUGCUCCCACGGCAAUAAUGAAAUUAAACAUCAUGGACUCAAUGAUGAAAAGGGAGUCAUCUGUGGUCACAUCACAUUAUCUAGCUACUCAACAGGAAAUUUCUAAAUUACCCAAAUCCAUCGAUAAUCUUAGAGCAAGCAUGGUUCAAGAUAAUACAGAUGACUACUCUCCGUUACAAAUGGCUGUAAUGAAUGGUCACCUUGAUAAAGUAAAAAGCCUAGUCAGUCAAGGGGCGAACGUGAAUCAGGGUACCGCUGAAGGCUGGACACCGUUAAUGAUUGCGGCAAAGACCGGCAGAGUGGAGCUUUUGACAUUUCUCAUCGGUCAAGGGGCUGAAAUUACAAAGUCUGUUACAAGACUGACUGCUUUACACUUUGCUGCUCUCCUUGGUCAUCUUGAUGCUAUCAAAUAUCUGAUCAGUCAAGGGGCUGAUGUGAAAGAAGGAAAUGAAAAUGGUUGGACUGCAUUUCACAUUGCUGCUUUCAGUGGUCAUUUUGAUGUCAUCAAAUAUUUGAUAAGUCAAGGGGCUGAAAUAAACCGAGGAAAUAAUAACGGUGGGACUGCAUUACACUAUGUUGCUUUAAGUGGUCAUCUUGAUAUAACCAAAUAUCUCAUCAGUCAAGGGGCUGAGGUGAAAAAAGGAGAUAACGAUGGUUGGACUGCAUUACACUUCGCUGCUCUUAAUGGUCAUCUUGAUGUAACCAAACAUCUCAUCAGUCAAGGGGCUGAGGUGAAAAAAGGAGAAAACGAUGGUUGGACUGCAUUACACACCGCUGUUCAUAAUGGUCAUCUUGAUGUAACCAAACAUCUCAUCAGUCAAGGGGCUGAGGUGAAUAAAGGAGAUAACAAUGGUUGGACUGCAUUACACUUCGCUGCUCAUAAUGGUAAUCUUGAUGUAACCAAAUAUCUGAUCAGUCAAGGGGCUGAGGUGAAUAAAGGAGAUAACGAUGGUUGGACAGCAUUACACUUCGCUGCUCAUAAUGGUAAUCUUGAUGUAAUCAAAUAUCUCAUCAGUCAAGGGGCUGAGGUGAAUAAAGGAGAUAACAAUUCUUGGACUGCACUACACUUGUCUGCUCAUAAUGGUCAUCUUGAUGUAACCAAAUAUCUCGUCAGUCAAGGUGCUGAGGUGAACAUAAAAAAUGAAAAUGGUUGGAAAUCUUCAAACUUCGCACUUUUAAGAAAUCAUAUUGAUGUUGUUAAGUUUCUGAAAACUGAAGGUGCGAGUAUUGAUGAAGAAAUUCUUCAUCAGCAGAAACAUCUACGUUUGUUAUUUCCUCUGAUGAUCAUGGCAAAACGUCUCAACACAGCUUUCAAUACCGAGGAUAUUCAUCUUGCAAUACAAAAUGGUCAAACCACCACGAUUGAGAACUUAGUGUCUCAAGGAGCUGAUCUCAAUGUCCAGUCAGCUGACGGUCAGAUGUGUCUCCAUGAAGCCAUCAAACUCUGUUACAAAACUGGGAGAAAUGUAGAAGAAAGCUACACGCUACGAAAGAUUUCAGACGAGUUUUACAAUGGAAACCUAUCACCCGAAAAGGCUUUGGUGUUUUAUUUACUUGACAAUGGAGCUAAGACAGACGUGGAAGAUAAGUCAGGAAAAUUACCAAUCCACUAUGCCGAAGAUGAAGUGGUUAGACAGAUGAUCUUAUCGAGAAUGAAAUCUCAUCCUGAAGAGGCCCAUUAUUAUCAAGAAAGCGUGAAUAAAGAACGUCACAAGGAAUCUGAAGUCUCUGCUGCCGCAACUUUAGAGGAUGUCACUAUGUCCCAGAAUGAUAAGAGGGAUCAGACUGCAGAAAUCGAUGAGGGUCAUACUGAUGAAGAAUAUGACUUGAUUCAAAUUGAGAAGCAUGGCAUUACUGUCAGAAUUUCCAAAUAUGAAAUUUACAGUGCAAAGGACAUCACUGUGGAAGUGAUUGAAGAGGUGCCACUUGAGCUAAAGCUAAAAGAGACAGAAGCCAUCAUAUCGGUUGGAUUAAAGAUGUCGCCUUCGGACGCAAUGUUUGACAGUCCUGUAAGAGUAACAAUGCCCCACUGUGGUGCAUUUACAAAGCCUACUGAUGCAGAAGUUUACAUCUAUUAUCGCAAGAACGAUUCUACUAAGUUUACAGCGAUUCUAUCCACCAGCACGAGAAUCCCAAAGUGUGUUGUGAGAGAUCGCGAUCUAGAUAUCUACCUGGAACCCUUCUCAGAAUUUUGGAUUAUUGCUACAAUAAGAAAGAUAUUUAUUGGGAAAGUCAUUAUUUGUACACCAAUCAUUCCUGUACCAGCACCUAGAAAUCCCAUGCCCGUUGUGUGGGUCAAUGUCAGGGACCAAAACACUGAAGAAGAGCAGAUUCCAGAAGAAUAUAAGGCCCCGAUUCCUGAGGAGCAGUUCUUAUUUAGGUGGAGGUCCGGGGGAUUGAAGAUUUCUUGCAAAGAAAGCACCUUGAAAGACGAGCCUCAGAUUCUCCAGGAAAGAGAAUUUCGUCACCUAAAUAAGCACAAAAAAAUGUUCGAGGUGGAUACACAAAACAUUACUGAGAAUGCAGUAAAUCUACACAUCACCCUACAACAGAAUACAACGAAGAAUACGCUCAUCGUUCCAAUGUCGUUAAAAGCUACGGUGAUAUCAGAGGGAGGAGCUUGCUCACCAUCAACGAUAGCGACAUCAUCCUCAUCAGCUGACAAUCAUCCUGUAGAAACCAUAGGUUCUGCUUCUACCUCUGAAACAAGAGCACCAAGGGAAGAGUCUGAGAAGGAUUUCGAUGGCAUUCUGAGGAAAAUUGCUAAGCAGGUCAACAAAAUGCAGGACGUCGAUGAACUUGGCUGUGAACUGGAAUUUCAACCGUCAGAAAUAGAAUCAUACUUAGAGAAUAACAGGAAUGGAUCAUACAUGGGCACGCUACAGAUGCUCCGUGCAUGGGUGAAACGAAAAAAAAUGAUAUUAAACAAACGUGAACUAUUGAGGCAAGCCCUUAUUGACAUCGAUAACGUUCGUUUGGCUGACGAGCUCCUGGGUGUCGAUAAGCAAUGAUAAGCCAACGUGACCCUAACCAACAAGUUUGAGAGUACAUAUUAGGCCCACCAUCCAACCCUGCAAUUUCUACCCAGAGAAGUGUGUUGUGAUGCCUAGGUUCAAGAAGAGAAGUCGUAUACAUAAUUUAUAGGUGUAAAUGAAAUUAAAUUUUUACUAUGUUUAUAUCGUGUGGAUAAAGUUGUGUUUAAAAGUCAGUGAAACCCUCCAGAAAUCAACAUAUUUAUGUUUUAGAUGUUUAGCUGCGAAGUCAGGCGAUGAAAUAUUACAUUCAAUAAAGUUUGUUUCUCUGGGCUCGCCGAACAUUGUAUAAUAUCAUCUAUAUUCAGCACUCUGCAUGAAGGAGUGUGUUUCAUGGUGGGGAUCGCUAACUUCAGAACACAACUGUGGGUUUCAGUUACUCCACUGAGUAUGAGGUUAAAUCAAGUAUUGCUAUAUCCAAAAAUGUACAUAAUUCUUAUUUCGCAAUAUUACGACGUUUUUAUUUUGUUGUUCCAAUGUACAAAAAGUCAGCAGCAGGACAUGUUAUUUCUCCAUUGUAGGUGUUACUUAUUGAUAUAUAAUGUUAAUCAAAUUGUAUAAGGAGAUAUAUCUUAGUAUAUUGAGAGUGAGGUUCCGAUGGAGGUGCUGUGGCCGAGUGGUCUAAGGCGCCUGAUUAUACACAGGAAAGUCCGGGGUUCGAUCUCCGGUCUCAGCACCUAUGCCUGUGAGCACGGCAUUUAAUCGACGGUCCUUUAUUCAAAUAAAUGGGAAUGUUUUAUGCCUUCUUGAUAGAUAUGUGUGCACUGUGUGUUUUGAUACUGAUAUCCUUCCAUCAUAUAUCUAAGUUUUCUCUAUCGCGAAGCCAAUUUACACGAAUAUAUAUUUUGUGUAAUAGAUAGUUAAACAUAAUUAUUAUGAUAUGUUUGUCUUAGUAAUUGAUAUGUCUGCACUUUUUUAUAGUGAUAUCCUUCCAGCAGAUAUCAUUUUUUUUACAUCGCGAUUUACACGAAAAUAUUUUUUGGGGAAAUUGCAAUUAACCAGAUGAAGUGCCUGUUCUAUGCCAAGUUUAUCUUAGAAAUUAAUGCAUUAUAUAUGUAUCAUAACUGAAGAGGAUAUUCGUUGUUUUUAUCAUGGAUACGUUAUAAUUACGAUUAUAUUGCAGUGAAUGAAGAUAUUAUUAGUGUAAUUUGAAUAUACGUAGUUUAAUAGCUAAUAUAGGACCCAAUAAGAUAUUACUUAACAAAAAAAUAACAAUGGCAAUACUCAGAAAUGUAUGAAGUUUAUUAUUUUUGUUAUUUAUUUUUUUGAAAUACGUAGUAUUGCUAUGUUCAUGAUGUUAAAUGGUAUAAAUCCCUCCAAAAAAGUUUGGAAAUCUGAAUUUGGCCAUUAAUUUCUCCCAACUCCAACUUUUACAGAAUGGAUAUUUAAUAUCAUUCAAAAGAUCAUUUAAUUCUCUUUAAAAUAAUACCAUGCCUAUUAUGAUCAUGCCAUCACAAAAAAAGCCGGAUUCAAAAGUGAUGGAUGAGGUCCGAAUUGAAAAGCUGCAAAACGAGCAGAAAUAGUCAUGAAGGGUCAAUAAAGGACAUGAUUCUUUUGUCUGUGUCAAUAGAGAUGAAAAUCCAUUCAUGA